CCAGACCAUCACAAUGACGGAGCCCAGGGUGUGUUUCUAUGUAGCCGAUACCUCCUGGUACCACCCACUUCUCGGUGCUGGACCUCAAGGAUGCAUUCUUCACAAUCCCCCUGCAUCCCGACUGCCAAGAUUUCUUUGCUUUUACUUGGGUGGACCCAGACACUUCAAGGGCACAACAGCUGACCUGGACGGUCCUCCCUCAAGGGUUCCGAGACAGCCCCCAUUUCUUUGGACAGGCUUUAGCAAAGGAUCUCCUCUCUCUUCAGAGAGAAGAAUUACUCUUGAUAGAAAAGCCUACAUUGAGUCUCUCUCUGUCCCACAGACCAAGGAGGACAUUCUGUCUUUCCUGGGACUUGCAGGCUUCCUUUGUAUUUGGAUACCUGGUUUUGCUACGUUGGCCAAACCUCUUUAUGAGGCAUCCAAAGGUUCCCUACUGGAGCCACCAGACCCCACAAAGCCCAUUGACACCCCAUUUAAAGUUCUGAAGCAAGCGCUUCUUCGGGCUCCAGCACUGGCUCUACCCAACCUCAAGGAACCCUUUAUACUCUAUGUCACUGAGAAGUGGGGAAUUGGCCUUGGGGUUCUUGGACAAAUGUCAGGCCCCUCCUUUAGACCUGUGGCCUACCUCUCAAAGCAGCUAGACCCAACGGUAAAAGGCUGGCCAGCCUGUCUUCGAGCUUUGGCAGCAGCAACCACCUUAGCACAGGAGAGCACAAAACUCACUUUUGGCCAACCCACUACCAUUCACUCUCCCCACAGACGAGAAGGACCUUUUGUCUCAUAA